AUGUGGAACCUCUAUCCGGUAAGUCCUUGGAAGAAUAAUUUGACUCAGUUUAAUAAUGUGUUAGAUUGGAUGGAACUAAUUGACAAUGUUGAAUGCAAUGAUUUGGGUGAUCUUAGUAAAGCUAUUUUGGAUUGUUGGCAAAUAUGGAAUGAUAGAAAUAAUAAAGUUUUUAGAAGUAUAAUUCCUAAUUCAGCUAGGAGUAUCUCCAUUGCCGCAAGUGUAGGCUUAUCUUUUUCUAAGGUUAAUUGUAAGAAGAUCUCUAGGAGUGAUCCUUGCCACCAACACCCCAUUUGCUGGCGUCCUCCUCCCUAUGGCUAUGUGAAAUUAAACUUUGAUGGGUCGGUUAGUUUGGAUUGCUCUGCAGCUGUUUUUGUUCUUAGAAAUAAGGAGGGGCAACAUGUUGGUGCGGGGGCAUUGAACCUUGAUGGCACCACCAUUUUGGUUGCGGAGGCCGUUGCUUUAAAGGAAGGGCUUUUGUUCGCUAGGCACAAAGGUGUGAAGAAGUUGAUGGUGGAAGGGGAUUCUAAGCUUGUUAUCCAGGUGGUGCAAGAUGUUUGGAUGCCCCCUUAG